UCCGCCACUCUAGCCCGAGCGGAAGUCGCUGUUCUAUGGUAGGAGCAACGCAAGCGCGACGAAGAGCGUAGCGCGCGCUCGCCUGGCCACGGCUCAUCGACCGACUGUGGAGAGGAAAGGCGGCUCUCGCGAGACGUUGGAUGCUUUGUGAAAUACAGAAUGGAAAAACUAAACUUUGCAUCUGCUGAAGAUGCCGUGCAAUACCAGCUGUUCCUCGCACAUGAACCAGGAAACCCUCAAAUUCUUCAGCAGUACAUUGAAAGAAUCUUAGCACAGUUUGCACCCAUACUGGUUUCUUACAUCUGGCAAUAUCAGCCAUUUAAUUUGAAGUACAAGCCUGCCAAAGGAGAUAUUCCUGCUCAUAUUGCUGGUCUCACAAAAUUUGGAGAUAACAUUGAAGAUGAAUGGUUCAUUGUAUACCUCUUAAAAGAAAUUACAAAGGAAUUUCCAGAACUAGUAGCUAGGGUGGAUGAUAAUGAUGGUGAAUUUCUAUUGAUAGAAGCUGCUGAUUUCCUUCCCAAAUGGCUAAAUCCUGAAAACAGCAUAAAUCGAGUCUUCUUUUACCAUGGGGAAUUGUGCAUAAUUCCAUUGCCAAAGACUCCUGGAGAGCAGAUGUUGUUGCCUAGUAACAAUCUUACAAUUCCUCAGGCCCUGAAUUUGUUGUCAGGACAUUGUGCACACUAUAUGGCUUCAAAAUCUAUUAGAGGUGCAGUAUAUAAGCGCAUCAGUGGGUAUCCUGGGAAAAUACAGGCUUUCCUUCACCGAGCUCAUUGUUAUCUUCCAGCAGGCAUUGCAACAAUACUGAAGCAACGUCCUUCGUUAGUUGCAACAGCAGUGCAAGCUUUUUAUCUAAGAGAUCCUUUUGACUUAAAAGCAUGCCAUGUGUUCAAAACUUUCCCACCAGAGACACGGAUAAUGACUUCAGUCACCUUUACGAAGUGUCUCUAUGCACAGUUGGUUCAACAGACCUUUGUUCCGGAUAAACGGAGUGGAUAUUCAUUGCCUCCUCGCUCAUGUCCGCAAUACAAAGCACAUGAGAUAGGCAUGAAGUUGGCUCAUGGUUUUGAAAUUCUGUGUGCAAAGUAUAAUCCGUCUCAUCGUGAUUCCAAGAAACAUGUGUUGAAUGUUCCUCUAUGGGAAAACUUUCUCAACAGCCUCAAGAAAAACAAUUAUUUUAAGGGUGAACUGGAAGGUUCUGCUCAGUAUCUAGAUCGUUUACAUAUGGCAGAAAAUUAUUUCCAGCAGACUGUAAUCCAUCCACAGAGCUCAGUUGCUCAUAGUCCAGGUGAAGAAAUUCUGGCCAUAUUAAAAGAAACUUCUUUUAAUUUGGAGGACUUAAGGAAAGAAGCAGAAAAUCUCCCUCCUGAGGAUGAUGACAGUUGGCUGGAUAUUUCUCCAGACACUUUGGAUGAGAUCCUUCAAGAAGCAUCAGGCACAAACAAACCCACUUCUGCCUCAAAUGAGGAGGAACAGAAUUAUGACUUGGCCGAGGUCACGGAAAGCAUGAAGACUUUUAUAUCUCAAGUAUCAUCAUAUGAAGGAGCAGAAAUUCCAUGGUCUUCUGCCGAGUCUCGUAUCACAUUUGAUGUCGACUCAUUUUCAAAUGCUUUAGACAAAAUACUGGGAACAACUUCAGAAGAGCUAGACUCUGAUGAUUUGGAAGAAGAAGAGGAAUUUGAAUUCCUAGACAGCGAUGAAGAGUCUGAUCUAAAGACCAACCAGGAAGGAGAAAAAACAUCUCGGAAGGAAACAGAUGGAAGUCUCAGAUCGUACAUGGAUGAAAUGGACCAUGAACUGGCAUUCACCAAUAUUGGGAAAAGCUUUACUCAUCAACAAAAAGUGAUCGGGUCUGAUAAAGCGCCUUACUCCCAAGAUCCUGGUAGGGACUUGGAAGACGAAUGUCGUGCAGAAGAGCCUGACUUGACCCCUGUGGAUAUAGACUUAAAUCUGGUGACUAACUUGCUAGAGUCAUACAGUGCUCAGGAUGGACUUGCAGGACCUGCAUCUAACCUUCUGCAAAGCAUGGGAGUACACUUGCCUGAAAAUACAGACCGAAACUUCACUAGCAAUUCACUGGUGGAAUAGUCUGCUUUCCUAGUCCGUAGAUUUGUUGCUGGAUGGGUGUGUUGCCAAGAAGCAGUUUUCCUAUAGAAUGAAAUGUGACAGAUUUUCUGUUCAGUAUGUACAUACAUGUGAGCAGUAUUUUAAGUCUCGUUUCCUUCCUUUUUGCAAUCCAUCCUGUAAAAAUCAAUUGUCCCAUGCUUACAAGUGUAAUCAUGUAAUUAAAACUAAAUUCAAAAAUUAGGAUGAUUUCAGAAAAUGUGUUUUGAAUAUUUUUAAAAUACUCCCUACUUUUAUAUGCACUGAACAUUGCUACGAAUGUCUGUAGGCAUUAAAGAAUAGAAAAACGUG